AUGGCUGCCAGGUGCUUCUGUGUUGACUGUGUUGACUUGUUUGAGGGCCCCGGCUCAGCUGACAGAGCUGUAACCAGCGACCCCUGGACUUGCUUCAUGUGUGAUGAGACCGGGAUCCACGGGCUACUGAGACGGAGGGAAAGCUGGCAGAGCCACGUGCAAAGGCUACUCUCCAAUCACCAUGACAAACAGUUUGAACCACCAAAGCUUUACCCACCUCUCCCAGCUGUACAAAGGAAACCCAUACGAGUCUUAUCUCUCUUUGACGGCAUUGCAACGGGCCUGGUGUCACUGAAGAUCCUCAAGAUCCAGGUAGAGAAGUAUGUUGCUUCUGAAGUAUGCAAAGACGCCAUAAAUGUAGGCAAAACACGUCAUCCUGGUGAGAUCACAUAUGUUGGAGAUGUACGCAACAUCACACGCAAACAGAUUUCAGAAUGGGGACCUUUUGAUCUCGUCAUCGGGGGAAGCCCUUGUAAUGACCUUGCUGUUGUCAACCCAGUAAGAAAAGGUCUGUUUGAUGGCACUGGGCGCCUCUUUUUUGACUUCCCUCGUCUUCUCCAUGAAGCUGAGCCUAAAGCAAACGAGAGGCCAUUCUUUUGGUUAUUUGAGAAUGUUGUAGCGAUGGAUAAAGGAGUCAGGAAAUAUAUAUGCAACUUUCUGGAGUCCAAUCCAGUCAUGAUUGAUGCAAAAGAGAUGUCGGCUGCACACAGAGCCCGUAAUUUUUGGGGAAACCUUCCUGGCAUGACCAGGCAUCCGGUUGCUACAGAAAAUGACAAACUAGAACUCCAGGACUGUCUGGAAACUGGCCGUGUAGCCAAGUUCAAAAAGGUCCACACCAUCACCACCAAUCCAUACUCCAUGAAACAGGGGAAACAGCACCAAUACCCAGUGACAAUGGACGGGAAUGAGGACAUUCUGUGGUGUACUGAAAUGGAAAGAGUCUUUGGAUUUCCAGUUCAUUACACAGAUGUCGGGAACAUGAACCGAAUUGACAGACAAAGGCUUCUGGGAAGAUCCUGGAGUGUUCCUGUCAUCCGCCACCUCUUUGCCCCUCUCAAGGAAUACUUUGCCUCUUCUCAUUGAGUUCAGCCCAGCUCUGUUUUUACAACUACACUAAAGCCUUACUUUUGUUUGUAUUAUUUAUGUUUAAUACAGUAUUUAUAUAAAUAGUGUGUAUGGGGUGUAUGAGUGAUAAUAUCAUUUAAACAGACAAUGGAUCAAUGUGAGAUCCCUGAUGCUAUCAUUUCUUCACUAUUGACUGCAAGUCAACUGUCUGAAUAAAGGAAAUUUGUUUUAUGAA